AUGAAGCCUGAGGAGGUCAUGCGAUCAUUCCGAGAUACAGAAGUCGCAGCCUUUUACCUUAUGAUGCGGGCCUUCAAGCUAGACCAUAACGACUUUUUAACUAAAAUGUCACUAGUGGCUCCUGUAGCACGCGCCUUACGGAUUUCGGAUGAACAAGCCACCGAAAUAAUGCACUAUCUGCACGACGAUCCAGACAUGGACGCCCUCGGAGCCAUUGUGUCGCAGCAUAUUGAAACAAUGCACGUCCCAGAGCCUUCUGUGGACGCAUUCUCCAAACUCCUAUUGCCCAAUUUUGAAUAUUCUUCUUUGGAGCCUAAUGCCACCGCAAUCCAAAGACAGCAAGUAGAGAUUCCUGGCUGGAAGAAGUUAGAUUUGCGUUACUUUGAGAACCUUUCUGGAACACGGGAUAAUGGAAUGGCUAGAUUUCUUCGCAUUCUGACAAAUCGCAAAUUCAGCCGUUCUCGAAAGUCUGAUAUCACAGUGGGCUUCCUGAAGGAAAUACGCCGGGAACUUGUGCGCGAUCUAAAGCAGAUUCUCUUUAGCGCCAAGGGCAAGUAA